AUGACAAACAGGCACAGCCCUUGUGGAGAAGGCACUGAAAGAUAUUUCAUUUUCUCGAUUACUUCAAAUUUAAACACAUACACAAACACACACAUUAUCUAUCUAUCUAUCUAUCUAUCUAUCUAUCUAUCUAUCUAUCUAUCUAUUUCAUUCUACAUAUCUAUCCCCCUAAUUAUUUCAAACUCUUUGAUAUGUGUCUAUGACAAUCAGUAUCUAUCUCUCUAUUCAGCCAUUUUGAUAUGUAUGUGUAUAUCUAUCCAGCCAUUUGAUAUCUAUCUAUCUAUCUAUCUAUCUAUCUAUCUAUCUAUCUAUCCCUACAUCUAUGCAGCUAUUUUGUAUAUAUUUCAACUAAUUUCAUAUUUCCCAAACAGCAUUUAUCUAUCUAUCUAUCUAUCUAUCUAUCUAUCUGCCUUUAAUUUUUUUAUAAUUUUACCUGGGCUUGAACCCCGACAUCUGGUACUAGCCAAGAACUACGUCUCUGGUCCAGCUACGUUGGAAGCUAAAUUUUCUUGUGUCUCUCCUUUUGUAGUACAUCUCAUAGACAUUCUUUGCAUUGCUUUCUUUUUCAUCGCAGCUAACGUCUCUAUUCUUUUACAAUGUUGA